AUGGAACCGGUCUCUGUCACUCUGACCUUGGGGAACUGCGCUUUCACUGCCACCUUGCAAAAGGAGUACUUGGUGUUCCGCGACCGACUUCGUGGCAGUGGUGCGGGGAUCGUCCUUGCGCGACCCCCCCCAGAGGAGCUGGCACCGGCUUACGCAACAGCGCCAGCCGCCGCCGCACCCGCCAGCUCAGAGGCGGGCCGGAGGUGCCGAGGCGCCGAGCCCGCUCCCGCCUGCAAAGCACCACCGCGGGAGCACAAACCGCCGAGGCGGCAACACCUGGCGCCGCGAUCCUCACCCACCCAAGCCACGCCAGCCUGCGACACACAUCAACAGCAGCAAUAA